UGUCUGCUGUGAAACUUUUAUUUCUUUACGCGUAUAUAAAAUGUCUUGUCAUUUAAGUAAACGUGCAUGUUUAGCUAAUGUUAGAGCAAUAAAAGCUGCAUUAACUUUCACAGAAGAAACAGCAAAUCCAGAUGAAUACUCUGCCGAGAAUUGGAACAGUGGUUGGGAUUUUGAUGAGCAAAUUGAAGAAAAAUGCAAUGAGACGGUGAAGUUGAAAAGGGAAGAUCAGUCCUGGUUGCAAGAUUGCGUCUCAUCUUUGUCUCCUGCUGCUGAUGUUUUAGCUCUUGCCUAUGGACAACAUGCCGUCUUUCUUACUUCGAAAUGGGAUGCCAGUGAAGAAAGUGAGAUGAAGCUAAAAUUUGUGUCUUCUUUUGAAGGGAAGUUGGCUACCGAGAAAGAUGAGACUGUCACAAGUAUUUUGUGCCUUCCUCUUGCUUCUCAAAAAAGAAGCCUUCAAGGUGGGCCUGAUUGGACAUGUAUAAUAGCAGGAUUCAGUUCUGGAUUCAUAAGAAUCUAUACUGAGAAUGCUGAUUUACUUCUGUCUCAGAAGCUGCACGAAGAACCUGUUGGACAUCUACGCUGCAAGACUCAUGUUCCAUUGCACUUUUCUAAUUAUUCAGAUCAGCCGGACGAGCUUGUUAUUGUAUUUUCAACCGUUAUUGUUGUUAUUGAUGGCUUUGGACUUUUCCAGACACUUAGAGCUUGCAGAAAUCAACUAGCAAGAGCUGCUGCUGGUCGACAAGAGGUGGUUCAACCUCCCCCUUUGAGUUAUAAAAAAUGGGGUUUCCACGAGCAUGACAAAUUAAUGGAUUGUGAAGCAGCAGGUGUUAUUAACACUACACCUUUUGAUCAUUUGGUGACAGAAUCUGUUCGAAAAGGCUUUUAUGGAACUGUCAAAGCUAAUAUGCCUUCUAAUUGCCUGCUUGUUACAACAGGAUGUAAUCCUUACGUUGGAUAUUAUCAUGCCUCUGAGGGUAGUAGUCAACUGCUUCUAACUGAUGUUGUUCAUGCAGUAGCCUCAAAAUUAAUGAACUUUAUCUCCAAUUAUAAUACAGGUGGCCUUGGUGGCUUUAUGGGGUUUAAUCAGCCUAAAGAGCAGAAACCGCAGCCGAAAAUUGAACCAGCUACAAUACUGCCAUUAAGAUUUGGACUCUAUGAUAAAAGACGUCAAGGAAUUUCAAUGUCUCUAUCACCAAAUAAGUGCUUAGCUGCAAUUACUGAUGCCUUUGGCCGUGUCAUUUUAUUUGAUAUAUUUAAAGGAGUUGCAGUAAGAAUGUGGAAAGGUUAUCGAGAUGCCCAGUGUGGUUGGGUUGAGGUAGAAGAUGCCAUUGUUAAAGAUGCUAAACAUGAUCGUGAAAAAAAGAGAAGAGUUUUUUUCCUUGUUAUCUAUGCUCCUAGAAGAGGUAUAUUAGAGGUGUGGUGUACCCAGCAAGGGCCUAGAGUUGCAGCAUUUAAUGUUGGAAAAACUGGCAGAUUAUAUUGUCCCGGUUAUGCAAUGGUUGGUGGAAGUGUCUUAAGUUCUAAUCUUGCGAAAGAUCACUUAUGUUCCUGUUACUUUCUUGAUGUUGAUGGUGUUAUGAAGAAAAUUAUUGUGCCUUUCCAUUUAGUACUGAGUGAAAAAAAUAGUAGGCGUGCUCGUGAUUUGCACCUACUGAGAGAAUUGAAGCUGACACUUAAAAAUGUAACUAAAGGUAAAUCUUUUGAAAUUAUCAAAAUUCUUCAUGACAUGAGAACAUCCUGUACUCGUAUUCAAGCAUUGGAAAACAUUUUGAGUAGUAGGUACUCAACUGUAGAAUUAGUUGAAGAAGUUGCUCUAUCCUUACUUGGUCAUCUACGUAAGCAAG